AUGAAAGAAAUAGGUUAUAAAAAUCACUAUCAAGUAUUAAAUGCUAAAGAUUAUGGAAUACCCCAAGAAAGAAAGCGAGUGUUUGUCGUUAGCGUUUUAAAUAACUUGAAUUUUAAAUUCCCAACACCAUAUAAAAAUGUACCAGACAUUAAGGAUUAUAUUGAUCAUAAAGUCGAUUUUGAAAGAUACAAGUUGAGCGACAAUGAAAUGCAUAAGACAAGACGUGGUCGUGUAGGUAAAAGGACAGCUAAAACACUUACCACAUCGCCUAAUCAAGUUAUUUAUUAUAACGGUAAAUUGCGUAAAUUAACUGCGAAAGAACAUUGGUUAUUAAUGGGUUUUGAUGAAAGUGAUUAUAACAGAGUUUUACAUGACAAUAUCAAAGAGAGUCAUUUAUACAAGUUAGCAGGCAACAGUAUUGUUGUUCAAGUAUUAGAAGCGAUAUUUGAAGAAGUAUUGAAAAUGAUUAAGGACGAUGCACUAUGCCAACAAUAA